AUGGAAUCAUUAGAUAAAGAUUUGGACAUUAAAACCCCAAAAAAUUCAAUAGAUGAGGAUUUUAUUAGAUUAGUACAUACUCCGCCAAGUAUCAGCAGACAAAAAACGAAAUUUUUAAAAAGUUUAUCUGGUAAUAGAUUACCAAAAUCAAAAUCGCCAAAGGAAUUAUUAAAUUUUGAACACACAUCAUCAUCAUCAUCAUCAUCUAACUUCUUUCUUAAUAGGGUCGAUAGUCCGGUAACAAAUAAAGUAUUUCAUUAUUUGAAAAAUAGUAAUGGCAUUGACAGUAACAACAAUUUUACAACUUACGAUGAUAACACUAAAUCUUGUUGUACAAAAAAAAAUGAACCGACUAAUUUAAGUAAUAAAAGGAAAAUUAAUUUGCCUACACCAUUAAAUUUAGACGAAUUAACACCACCGCCAUCUAACAGUAAAAACCUUUUGGUGAAUUACGAACCAAUAUAUCCUGGAAAACUAGAUCUGCCCCUAUCGUUCUCCAAAAAAGCUCAAAAUCAAAAUACUCCAAUACUUCACCAUUCAAGAUUUUCAUCCGAAAGAUUAACCUCGGUAAAGCAUCCAAGGAGGAAUUUAGCACGUGAAUUAGGAAUACAGAACGGCAAUGUUGUAAGAAAAGGAAAUAAUGCGCAUGAUAAGGGUAUGUAUAUUGAUAAUUAUGCCAAUAAAUACGAUAUAUCAAUGUUUGAUGAAAAGGAAGUUAUAGCAUAUACAGAAAAGUUGAAUAAAAAUAUUUCAAGGCACGCUAGCGAAAAAACAAAAAAUUACACUAUGAAUAUGUGUUGUAUUUGUAAAGAGCCCCUAAAUAUUUUGCUAUCAGGUGAAAAACCUAUUGAAUUAGAAUGUGGUCAUCAGGCACAUUACAAUUGUUUAUUUACCGUGGCACAAUCAAAAUUUUCCCAAUAUCACCAUGCUGAAAGGGAAGCAGAUGAAUGUUUUGUAACUUGCUCCAUUUGUUUGGAUAAAACCUUUGCUUCUGAUCAAAAUGUAAGAAAUGAAUUAUUUAUCAAGAUUCUAGGAACUGAAAACUCCUUUUAUCGGGAUAAUGAAAUUGCAGAACAAAAGAAGCACAUUAAAACACCACCAGAAGAGGAUCAAGACUCUUUAUUCACUCAAUUGAGUAAUUUUCAUUUCAGCAAUAACAACCAUAGCGAUGAAAAGACCUUUACAAGUGACUCCUUAAUUUUAAAUAAUAAUGUUGCUUUGCUACCUAGUACACCCGUAUUACAAUUAAUAAAAACGCCUUUAGUAAAAUCAGAUGGGUUUUUGAAAACACCUGUCAAACUGCAAAAUAAAAUGGUUAAGACAGGAUAUAACUUUGAAAUCAACUUCAAACCUGUUGUACAUGUAAUACCAAUGGUUUCCAAAUUAAAGAUUUCCAGAAAUAUCAAUGAGGACUUAUCCAAAUGUGUUGUAUCUUAUGUGUUAAACGUUUUUCUACCUAAUAACGAUGGCAGCAAGAGUACUGCUGAAUCUAUUACAGAUGGGGUAGAUGGGACAGAUGAAGAAACCAUAAAAUUGCAUAUAAGUAAUAAGAUUAUUGAAAAUUGGAAUUUGGCCGUCAAAAAAUCUUGGGGAGAAAAGAUCCAUAUGUUUGAUAUUAUGGACGUCAAUAUUUCCGAUAAUUGGGAGGAAAAUACAAUUGUAAUACUUUUUGAUAACUUCCUUACACUUUUGAAAUUAAAUAAUUUUGAAAAUAUAGGGAAAAUCCCAAUAAAUGAAAUUUCAAGAAUAACCUUUUUGGAGGAUGAGAAUACCAUUAUAAUAGAUUUAAAAAGUUCCUCAACCCCAGAAAUUUUAUUAAAACACGAAUUUGCUGGAAUUAUUGUAAAAAAAUGGGCAAUAUAUUUACAGGAACUUGUGUACAAUGCGCACUUGGAAACAGCAAAGGAUAGUCGUGGUGGUUUUAACUUUAAGGUUCCGUUGAUUGAAAUGACUACAAAUUGUCUAGAUAUUUUAGAUCCACAAAUAGUAGAUGCAUUCCCACAAGGAAUCCGAACCGUACUUGAGGACUAUCCCAAUAACGACGUUUGGUACGACUUUGCCAAUAAAUUUGGAGGUCAUAAGAAAGUACGCAAGGUUUUGUGUCUAAGUGUUUUAAAUCGUGGUAGUCCAAGCAAAAAUCUGGAACUUGAAAAAAACUUACAAAAACUGGUUAGGGUUACCCUUGAAAACUUGAAUGAACAAGAUGAAUUAGGAAUAGUGAUCAUUGGGAAAAAUGGUUCUGGUCAGCCAUCUACUCAAGGUACUUUUCUUGGUUUGGUCAGUAAAAAAUGGGGUGGUUGGGAUGACUUUAUUAUAUCCAUUAAGGUGAUAAAUGAUCAACAUAAUUUGCUAUUGAAUUCUCAUGAAGCAGAGCUGGAAUCUAUGGUUGAUACAUGUCACAAAUUACUGUUAUUCAGUGGUAUUUGCCAAGAAGAUAGUGACAGUAACAGAAACUCUGCGGGUUUAUUAGACGAUUGUGAUACUUUUUCAAAGGAUAUUUGCAUAGUUAUUAAUGGGAAUUCGAAUUUUGAUUAUACAGAUGGAAUAAAAAGCAAAAACUUGACUAGAAAAGUUACGCAAAUUUUUAAUGAAUAUGGAUUUAAUAUCACACAAUAUAGUUUGUUCGAUAGCUGCUUAAAUUUGAAUAAAUUUAUGGAAGAUAUCGGACCAUUAAAUGCUAGAUUUAAAUCCUAUAAUUUUGAAAGUUUUAAUGAAUUGAUACGCAUGGUGUCUAGUAGAGGCGGAAAGUCAACUACUUCCUGUAUUAGCGAUAUACAGCUGGGAAUUCAGGCCAAAGGUCCUAAUGUUAAAAUAUUAAGUAUUGAAAAUUCAUAUAGUCAUAAGGUAAAUAUCAAUAGUGGGUUUUUCAAGAUUGAUGUUGGUAACUUAGAAGUUGGUGAGUUUAGAAACUAUUUGUUAGACGUUGUAUAUGAAUAUAAUAACCAUGGAAGCGCAUACGAUGAAGUGGCAUACAUGGAAAAGUCUUUAAUCAAUGUGACACCGGAAUGGGAACUUGAUCAUAGCAAAAUCGCAGGUGAAACCUAUGACUCUAUUGCAAUUAGUUUCGCCACAAACGUUUUUACGUAUACAUCCUAUACGGAGGAUGAGGUGGAGGAGAAAGGUUAUAAUAGAACUGCGAGACGCGAAGGUGAAGAUGAUUUCUAUACCAACUUGAUUUUAGCUGCACCUCUAACCUCUUCUACAGAUUCCAUGUAUGUUUUAAGACAAAUAGAGUUGAUGGUGGUGGAACUAUUGGAAAAGAAGUUGAACAAUUUCAAUGACCUGGCAACUUUAGAAGAUGAUCUUAAACAAACGAUCUCUAUUAUUUUUGGUAAAGCUAGAAAUUGUAUUUGUGGCUUGACCAGUUUCUAUAAAGAAUUGGGACAAGGCAACAAAUUUUUUAGACUAGAUGACAGAGAUAAGAAUAGAAAUAUUACAUUAAAGUAUGUUGAGUUGUUAUCGGACGAAAUGGACAGUAUUAUAAAUAGUUGGAAACAACAAAACAGGAGAACCACGUUGUUUAAAAUGAAAAAACUAUUGGAUUCUUUAAAGUUUCAAACAAAGUUUGCAGAGUUAAACUUUUAUGGGUUGAAAUCAGACUGA